AUGAUUUGGCAAGGCCCUGCAAUCGCAAUCAUCUUGCAUAUUUUGGUGUAUUUCUUCAAUUUUCUACUUUUAAUAGUACUUAAACGGAGUAAAGUUCUCCACUCAAAAGUCUACAUAUUCAAUAUGAUAAUCUCAGAGGUCGCUAUGAAUCUCACUCAAAAUUUUCUCAUCGAAUUCCCUUAUUUUUUCCCGCAAGACCCGGACUUUUAUUCCCUUUGGCCCGUGAAAGUUGUGGAAAUAAUUAGUCAAAUGUCGUAUCAGUGCAAAUUUUUCAUAGCAAUCUUGAUGGCAGUAAAUAGAUUAUGGAUUGUGAUGAAGCCUAUUGGAAGUGAAGUUUUUAGCUCAAUGUGGCUCAAAGUUUAUAUGGCAGUUGGAUGGAUUGUGCUAUUCUUCCGUCAGCUGAUCAUCAUAGUCCCUGAUGAUUGCUACUUUAAAAUGGAUUUAGAUCAAUUCCAAGUUAUUACAUUCUGUGAAAAUUUGGAAGAUUAUGAAAUCCGAUUAUUGAUUAAUUCUAUAAUCAGCAAAUUCAUUCACAUUUUUCUGCCAUGGACGGCAGUUUUGCUGAAUUUAAUAGUUUUUGUAUUUCUGAAAUUAAGAAAGAAGAAACAUCAAAUGAACCGGAAAAGUUUGGAGAAUUCGUUGUUUAUCAACUCGUUCGUAGUUUCAUUACUUUUGACUACAAACUAUAUUUAUAAUCAUUUUUAUUUGAUGUUUGAACCGACAUUAUCCCAACAAUCUCCUGAAAUUCAAUCAGCAUUUAGCUUUUUUAACUUCUACGGAUGCUCAUUCUUCAAUUUUGUAGUUUAUUUCCUCCUGGACCCUAUUAAUCGGCGGAACGUUAUUAAUAUUUUAACUAGCGAAAAACGGAAAAUUCGAGUGCGAAGUUUGAGAAUCGUGUUCUAA